UAAGUUUAAGGUAUUCUUUUGUCACACAGAGUGAGUUUGAAGAAGAAGAACGAUUCAGCUUGAGAUGGUGAGGAUGAUGAUACGGAGAUUGAGUUCUCAAGCUUCGAGAUUUGUUCAGCCUCGUCUCCUGGAGACAGGUACUCUGAGAAUUGCUUUGAUUAAUUGCCCAAAUGAGCUACUUUUUUGCUGCGAACGCGGCUUCUCUACUUUCAGCGAUAGAAAUCUCUCUUAUAGAGACAAAUUGAGCAGUGGGCUUGUCGGUAUUAAGGCAGAUGAUGCUGUUGAUCUGUUCCGAGACAUGAUUCAGUCUCGUCCUCUUCCCACUGUUAUAGAUUUCAAUAGAUUGUUUAGUGCCAUUGCCAAAACGAAACAGUAUGAGCUAGUGUUAGCUCUCUGCAAGCAAAUGGAAUCGAAGGGAAUUGCACAUAGCAUCUACACUUUGAGUAUUAUGAUCAAUUGUUUCUGUCGCUGUCGUAAACUUUCUUACGCUUUUUCUACUAUGGGGAAGAUCAUGAAACUUGGGUAUGAGCCUGAUACAGUCAUCUUUAACACUCUACUCAAUGGCUUAUGUCUCGAGUGUAGAGUUUCUGAAGCUCUGGAAUUAGUUGAUCGAAUGGUAGAAAUGGGACAUAAACCCACUCUCAUAACGCUUAACACUCUGGUCAAUGGCCUUUGUCUCAACGGUAAAGUCUCUGAUGCUGUGGUUUUGAUUGAUCGAAUGGUUGAGACUGGCUUUCAACCCAAUGAAGUAACUUAUGGACCGGUUUUAAAUGUAAUGUGUAAGUCCGGCCAAACUGCCCUUGCCAUGGAGUUGCUCAGAAAGAUGGAAGAAAGAAAUAUCAAGCUCGAUGCAGUCAAAUACAGUAUCAUCAUUGAUGGUCUUUGCAAAGAUGGGAGCCUCGACAAUGCAUUCAACCUUUUCAAUGAAAUGGAAAUCAAAGGGUUCAAAGCUGAUAUUAUUACCUACAACACUCUCAUUGGAGGCUUUUGUAAUGCUGGUAGAUGGGAUGAUGGUGCCAAGUUAUUGAGGGAUAUGAUCAAGAGGAAAAUCAGCCCCAACGUUGUCACAUUCAGUGUUUUGAUUGAUAGUUUUGUGAAAGAGGGAAAACUACGAGAGGCCGAUCAACUGCUCAAGGAGAUGAUGCAACGAGGUAUAGCUCCUAAUACUAUUACAUAUAAUUCCUUGAUAGAUGGGUUUUGCAAGGAGAACCGCCUAGAGGAGGCCAUCCAGAUGGUGGAUCUGAUGAUUAGCAAGGGAUGCGAUCCUGAUAUCAUGACGUUUAAUAUCCUCAUAAAUGGAUAUUGUAAGGCUAAUCGGAUUGACGAUGGUUUGGAACUCUUCCGCGAAAUGUCUCUGAGAGGAGUGAUUGCUAAUACAGUUACUUAUAACACUCUUGUCCAAGGGUUUUGUCAAUCGGGAAAACUUGAGGUUGCCAAAAAACUCUUCCAAGAGAUGGUUUCUCGGCGUGUUCGUCCUGAUAUUGUGUCCUACAAAAUAUUGCUGGAUGGGUUGUGUGACAAUGGAGAACUAGAGAAAGCAUUGGAAAUAUUUGGAAAAAUAGAGAAGAGUAAGAUGGAGCUUGAUAUUGGUAUAUAUAUGAUCAUUAUCCAUGGGAUGUGCAAUGCUAGUAAGGUGGAUGAUGCUUGGGAUUUAUUCUGUAGCCUCCCUCUCAAAGGAGUGAAGCUUGAUGCUAGGGCAUACAACAUAAUGAUUUCAGAAUUAUGUAGGAAAGACUCACUGUCUAAAGCAGACAUACUGUUCAGAAAAAUGACAGAGGAAGGACAUGCUCCAGAUGAGUUGACAUACAACAUACUUAUCAGGGCACAUCUUGGUGAUGAUGAUGCAACCACAGCAGCUGAACUUAUUGAAGAAAUGAAGAGUAGUGGGUUCCCAGCAGAUGUUUCCACUGUUAAGAUGGUUAUUAAUAUGCUUUCUAGUGGUGAAUUGGACAAAAGCUUUCUAGAUAUGCUUUCUACAACUCGGGCUUCAUUGAAAUGAAUAUUUCUUGUGUAGCUAUGAUUUGUUGCUUUUCAGGCAUCAACAAGGUCAAAUGGGCUCAAUUUUUGUCCUAAACACAUUGAAUCCAU